AUGCAGAACCCGGAAAGCAGUCAACAGCAACGCCCCAACAGCUCCGACGCCGACGUCUUCGGCGGCAGCGGCGGAGAAAGGGCGGCAGCAGCGUCGAACAGCGGCCCGCUCAGCAAGCGGCCGGCCCGGAAGAGCGCACGGUUCAGCGUCCCGGAGGCAUCCUCUGCCAACCCCGGUGGCUCAGGCGCCCCCGCACACGGCGGCGAGGACUACGUGGAGAUCACCCUUGACGUGCGGGAUGACUCGGUCGCAGUGCACAGCGUGAAGGCCGCGGGCGGCGGGGAGGUAGAGGAUCCGGAGCUGGCUUUGCUGGCCAAGGGCCUGGAGAAAAGGACGUCCCUCGGGUCCAUCCUCGUGCGAAACGCCUCGUCCAGGAUUCGCCAGGUGUCGCAGGAGCUCAAGAGGCUGGCCUCCACCACGCGCCGACCCCACUCAGCAGGUGUCUUUGACCGGAACAAGUCCGCGGCUGCCCACGCCCUCAAGGGCCUCAAGUUCAUCAGCAAGACUGACGGAGGAGCCGCCUGGGCUGGGGUGGAAAAGAGGUUCGACGAACUUACGGCUAACUUGGACGGCUUGCUCCCACGCUCCCUUUUCGGACAAUGCAUUGGUAUGAAUAAGGAGUCGAAGGAGUUUGCCGGCGAGCUUUUCGACGCCCUGGCUCGACGGAGGAACAUCGUCAGAGGUUCGAUUACCAAAGCACAACUCAAGGAGUUUUGGGACCAGGUUUCGGAUCAGAGUUUUGAUUCUCGCCUUCAAACUUUCUUCGACAUGGUCGAUAAAGAUGCUGAUGGUAGAAUUACAGAAGAAGAAGUGAGGGAGAUUAUUACCUUGAGUGCCUCUGCAAACAAGCUGUCGAACAUCCAGAAACAAGCCGAUGAAUACGCGAGACUGAUCAUGGAGGAAUUAGACCCCAACGAACUCGGAUACAUUAUGAUCGAGAACUUGGAGAUGUUGCUCCUGCAAGGGCCGAGUCAGUCGGUGAGAGGCGGUGCCGAUAGCCGUAACCUAAGCAAGAUGCUAAGCGAGAAGCUUAAGCCGACACAAGACACCUUCAUAAGGAGGAAGUACAGAGACUUGCACUACUUUGUGCUCGACAACUGGCAGAGGCUGUGGGUGAUGGCGCUGUGGAUCGGGAUAAUGGCAGGCCUCUUCACUUACAAGUACAUACAGUACAAGAAUAGAGCUGUUUUUAAAGUGAUGGGCCAUUGUGUGUGCAUGGCCAAAGGGGCCGCCGAGACUCUCAAACUCAACAUGGCCUUGAUUUUGCUGCCCGUGUGCCGCAACACCAUAACCUGGCUCAGGAACAGGACGAAACUCGGAGUCGCUGUCCCGUUUGAUGACAACCUUAAUUUUCACAAAGUAAUUGCCAUAGCGGUUGCAUUAGGAGUAGGGAUACACGCGAUUGCUCAUUUAACGUGUGAUUUUCCGCGGCUGCUAGCGGCCACACCGAAAGAAUACGAGCCUAUGGAGCAAUUUUUCGGGAAGCAAGCGACGAGCUAUUGGCAUUUCGUGAAGAGCUGGGAAGGGAUAACCGGAGUUGUAAUCGUGCUUCUAAUGGCCAUAGCCUUCACGCUUGCAACGCCAUGGUUCAGGAGGAAUCGAGUCGACCUGCCGAGACCAUUCAACAAGCUCACGGGGUUCAAUGCCUUCUGGUACUCGCAUCACCUAUUCGUUAUCGUCUACGCACUCCUCAUUAUUCAUGGCAUCAAGCUUUACUUGACCCAUGAAUGGUACAAGAAAACGACAUGGAUGUAUCUGACUGUUCCUAUCAUACUCUAUGCUGGGGAAAGAUUGAUCAGGGCAUUCAGGUCUAGCAUCAAGGCUGUUAAGAUCUUAAAGGUGGCUGUCUACCCAGGAAAUGUAUUGGCUCUGCACAUGUCAAAGCCACAAGGGUUCAAAUACAAAAGUGGGCAAUACAUUUUUGUCAACUGUGCAGCUGUUUCUCCAUUUGAAUGGCACCCAUUUUCCAUCACUUCAGCACCAAGGGAUGAUUAUGUGAGCGUUCACAUAAGGACUCUUGGUGAUUGGACCAGGCAACUCAAAGCUGUCUUCUCUGAGGUUUGUCAGCCACCACCUACGGGAAAGAGUGGGCUCCUUAGAGCUGACUUUAUGCAAGGAGAGAAUAAUCCCAACUUCCCGCGUGUCUUGAUCGACGGUCCAUAUGGUGCGCCGACCCAGGACUACAAAGACUACGACGUGGUCCUACUGGUUGGGCUCGGCAUCGGAGCCACCCCUAUGAUAAGCGUCGUCAAGGACAUCGUGAACAACAUGAAGGCCAUGGACGAGGAGGAAGGUGGGACCACGCGGGGCUCCACACCCAACGCGAGCCCCCUGUCGACCCCUCGGAGGAAGUCGGGCUCCGACAGGCGCGACUUCAAGACUCGGAGGGCCUACUUCUAUUGGGUCACGAGGGAGCAGGGCUCGUUCGACUGGUUCAAGGGCGUGAUGAACGAGGUGUCCGAGAUGGACCACAAGGGAGUGAUCGAGAUGCACAAUUACUGCACGAGUGUAUACGAGGAGGGGGACGCCCGAUCGGCUUUGAUCACCAUGCUUCAAUCACUUAACCAUGCCAAGAACGGGGUCGACGUGGUAUCGGGAACCAGGGUUAAGUCCCAUUUCGCGAAACCUAACUGGCGAACUGUCUACAAGCGUAUAGCGCUUAAUCACCCUACGGCACGAGUCGGAGUGUUUUAUUGUGGGGCACCACCACCGGUGAAGGAACUAAGGCAACUAGCAUCUGAUUUUUCACACAAAACCACCACAAAGUUCGAAUUCCACAAAGAAAACUUUUGA